AUGAGGCUCGUGUGUCUGGGAAGGGAUGGUGCUGGACGACGUACCGGCGCCGAUGAGUUCGUCGUUGCGUGUGGGGGAGGGGGAGAGGAGGUGGCUCGAGGGUGGGAGAUAUGGUGGUUGGCUGGGUCGGGAAGAGGAAGGGGAUGGGUGGUUUUUUUUUUAUUUUUUUAUUUUUAAUUUGCUUAAAUAAUAAAUUACAAUUAAUGUCUUAAUUAGGAACUAAUUUAAUUUUAAACAUUUUGUUAAAAAUCAAAAAUUAAAAGUUAUUUAUUUUUUUAAAAAAAUUAAUAUUCAGACCAAUUACAUGACAACACGUGUCAUGGGUAACCGGUUUUAAAGGUUACAAGUUUUUUGUCUUGUUUAAAAUUGACACCCCCUAAAGGUUAUAUUAUUAACAAUUAAUCAAAAGAUUGUAUUAUUAAAAAAGAACGGACCAAACGGGGCCUUAUGAAUAAAUAGGAUUUCAUAUACUGUACGAAGUAUUAAAUCAAUGUGGGCUAGCCACGUACAAGUUACUCCCCUGAAAAAACUCACCCAAAAAAAAAAAUAAAAAAAAAAUCGAAGGCAAGCAUCGAAAAUAACACCAGUAUACAACCACCAAUCUUCCACCACCACCAAGCUUUUACAAAUCAAACAACAAUGGCAGGAACCUCUCAUCUUACCAAGAACAUUUGUUCAUUUUCUCUCUCCUCAUCUCGCACUUCUAUCCUCUUCAAUUCCACCGUAUUUUUCUCCAAUUUCUUAGCUUGUAAACCUCGAAUUAAUACCAAAAACCUUGCCCUUAAAUUAAAUUAUUCCACCAAUUUUAAUUUCAAUUCCAAUGUUAGAGAACGAACGACAUUGGUUCGUGCCAUGUCGUCGUCUUCGUCUUCGUCUUCGUCUUCUUUUGGGUCGAGACUUGAGGAAAGUGUGAAGAAGACAGUUACAGAAAACCCAGUUGUUGUUUACUCGAAAACUUGGUGUUCGUAUUCUUCUGAGGUGAAAUCAUUGUUCAAAAGACUUGGAACCGAGCCAUUGGUUAUUGAAUUGGAUGAAUUGGGUGCUCAAGGGCCUCAACUGCAGAAGGUACUGGAGAGGCUUACUGGUCAAUACACUGUUCCAAAUGUUUUUAUUGGGGGCAAGCACAUUGGCGGCUGUUCAGAAACUGUGAAGCUUUACCAUAAAGGAGAGCUUGAGCCAUUGCUUUCUGAGGCAACUGCCAAAUCAUCAUAGAGCUAGCAACUCCAAAGCCCACUUAACCAGAGGCGUUGACCUUUCCUUGCAAGAUAUGCUCAUCUUUGCUCUCUGAGAGCUGCAUGUUUUUUCAUUCUUGUUGAUUUAUUUGUGAAAAUAUAGCUAUUGAAACUGUUAGGCAAUAAUUAGAUUUGUCAUAGGUAUCACACAUUACAUUUUCAAACCAAUUCUUACAUGAAAUUGAAUCAUUGAGUUAUUGAAUA